UCAUCUUGACAGAGAAGAAUACAGAAGGCUGCGUUACAGCCAGUUAUCUGAAAUACAAAGAAGAACCGUCCAAAUUACUUUCUGGAAAUAAGUUUCAAGAGCGCUACUUUGUUUUGCGGGAAGGAAGUCUUUUCCUUUACAAGGAUGCGAAGAGCAUGAAGCCCGAGAAAGUGCUGCCGGUGAAAUCACUGAAGCUUUAUCUGGGAGUGAAGAAGAAAAUGAAGCCACCGACAAAUUGGGGUGUAACGCUGUGUUCUGAAAAGCACCACUGGUAUUUAUGUUGUGAUGGACGGGAUUCUCAGCUGGAAUGGUUGAGCAGCCUUUUUAUUGCGCAGCACAGUAAUAUCUGGCCCCCGGAUGGCAAAAUAAGAAAGCGGUCUACAAGGAAGAAUCCCACAGCUGGUGGCUUGUCCUUAAUACCUAUCCAGCAUGAGAGAAGUCCUCAAAAAACUAAAGUCAAUAAUUUGGAAAACUCAAAACUGGAACCUGAAGGUGAGCCAGCAGAAGACAAGAAGGGCUUGAAACAAAAAGUGUCACUGGUUGCCCAGUGCCUGGAGCUCAACGGUGACAGAGCUCGGAGCCGCGAAAGGAAACACCGGAGCCUGAACUUUUUAGAGAAUGCAGGUGAAAACGCUGUGGACUUGCACCAAAACCCUGACAAGGAAUCAAAGUCUCCGAAGAGAAGUGAGAACAAAGCCGACCAGCUCCCUCUGGAAUCUUCUGACAAGCAGCUCCCAGCAAAUGUUAUCCAGGAACUCAGCACCAUCCUGCAGAAGCACAAAUCCUUCCACAAAGAAACUUAGCAGCAGUCCUGCAGGCUCGAUGGUCUCAUGAAAUGAAAUAUAUAUAUUUGCCAGUGUACAGUGUAAAGUCGGACCAGUGUAUUUAUAUGUAAAUUUGGAUGUAAAAGAAAU